AUAAGAAGACAUGAAAACCUCCUCUGUGUCAUUUUGAUGUGGAUGAACAAAGAUCUGUGUGUUGUAGGAAGGAAAUGGAGAAGAACAAACCGCAAUCGGCCAGAAAAGUGGAAGUAACAGAAAGCAGAAAGAGGUAGUGGUUAAUAAGUAACAGGCCACAACGGUCUCCCCCCACCCUGCAAAGCCUGCUGGGAAAAUCUCUUGGCAAGCAGAGCGGUGCGAGUGUGUGUGUGCUGGGUGAUAUCGCUGACAUUAAAAGAACAGGAAGAGAAGAUAGAGCAGCUCCUUCUCGUACGAAUUUCUUGAAUCUUCCAGCCGUCCACCGACUUCCUCUUCUGUCCCCAGCUGAAGGUCCCUGCCAUGGGCAAGGUGAAAGCGAAGUCUGGGCCCUUGGCUCGGAGGCCUGACAACUCAGCCUUCAAGCAGCAGCGGCUCCCUGCCCUGUCUACAAUGCUAACAGCUAACACUGUGCUGCCUUUCUUUUACUUUUUGUCUUUGAUAUCUUUGGUGCUGGGAGUGUGGCUGCUUCUCACUGUGCAAAGCACUCAGGAGUUUAAGAUGGACUACACAGAUGCCGGAACCUGCGACAAGUGCUUUGAAAAGCGUAAAAAUGCGAGCAACGCAGCGCAGCCCUGCAGCUGUAAGGUGGUGUUUGAACUUAAAAAAAAUUUUAAGGGAGAUGUCUUCUUCUACUACGGCCUCCGAAACUUUCAUCAGAACCUCCGCAGAUACAUGAUCUCCAGAGAUGAUGGGCAGAUGGUCGGCAGGAAGAACAGGUUAAAGACCCCCAGUUCAUAUUGCAAUCCAUUCAUUAAAGGCCAGAAUGGACUCCCUAUUGCUCCCUGCGGUGCCGCGGCCAACAGUAUCUUCAACGAUUCCUUCAUUCUGUACUAUCAUGGCUCCAGUGCUUCUCUAGCUAGGGUUCCUCUGUUACGACAAGGCCUCACGUGGUACACCGACAAAAACAUCAAGUUUCGCAACCCAAGCACGGGCAACAUGACACUGGCUCAGGUGUUUGAAGGAACAACAAAACCUCCGUACUGGCAGAAGCCCGUUUAUGAACGGGACCUCCUCGACCCGAACAACAACGGCUUCAUCAACGACGACCUGAUCGUGUGGAUGAGGGAGGCGGCCUUCCCCAACUUCAAGAAGCUCUACGGGGUUUUACACCGAGCCAACACUCCCUUCACUCACGGGCUUCCAGCAGGGAACUACAGCAUCGACAUCUCCUACAACUUUCCUGUGCAGUACUUCCAUGGCAGAAAGGAAGUGGUGCUGGCCACGCUGAGCUGGUUCGGAGGUCAGAACCACUUCCUGCCCGUCGCUUACCUCGUCACCAGCGGCCUGAUCCUGCUGCUCGCCGUCGUCCUCACUGUGGUCUGGUGGAAGUUUGGAAAGGACGGGAGGAACAUGGAGGAAUGAAGGGUAAGAUAAGGGUGCUUCGGGAUGCAGAGCAGUGACAUAAUGGGGAAAAAAAAACAUCUCCAAAGCAGAUGAAAAGUGCUAAUCGUCAUGCUGCUUAGGAGCUGUUUUAAAGAGACAACAAAUCCUAAAUGACAAGAACGCUGGGGAAUGGUUAAAGAAAGAAUGUUAAUUUGGUACAAUUUCACAACAGCAUGUGCAGGAAAACUGAUGCAGAACAGAGUCUGACAUCUGGAAAAUUACUUUCCUGAUCAGCUAAAUCAUCUACAUAUGUGACGGCUUUUUGUUGUGAUGAUGUUGCUCUGAACAAGCACUUGUGAAAGCUGGAUGUGUGUAACGCAGAGGUGAAGCUUUCUUUACUUGAUUUUCAUUUUUUUAAUACACACCAUUUGGUUCAUGCACUGUUGAUAUUUAUUGAUAUGAUUUUAAUACUGUAUUUAUUGUAAUUAUUGACUAAAGUCCAGUCGCAGCGGUGUUGAGACUGCAUUUGAUGUUUCAAUAGAUGCAAAAUGGAAGAACUACACUUAGAUAUGUGCUACAUUAGAUCCACAAAUCUCUCUAAUGUUUUUCCUUCGGUUUUUAAUUUCCCUCUGCACCAAGAAUGCCUCCUAAUGUCAGCGCUAUACAUGCUUAAUAUUAUGAUCCUUUUGCAAAACUGAACUACGGAUGUACAGUUUCCACUAAUUUUUUGGGUGGAAAAAAAGAAAUGCUAAAAAAAAUGUUUCUUUAAGAACAUUCAGAAAAAAUCAACCAAAAUCUAGUGGAAUUUGCUGGAUUUUGGUUGAUUUUUUUUCCCAAUGUUCUGAAAGAAAAUAUUAGAAGUUUUACUGAUAUAUAUGUGGAAUCACUUUAGAUAUUUUAGAAUUUUUUAGGGGAAAAUUUUUAUUAAUUUUUUGAAAAUAUUUACUGUUUUUAUUUUUUACAUUUUUAUUUCUUCCCAAAUUUGGGAUUUUUUUUUUUAAAAAUAAAACUUUUAAUUUUUGGAAUUUUCUUCCUGAAGAUUUUGCAAAUUUUUGGAUUUUUUUCAGACGAGGGAACAAUAUUUUUUGGUGCAUGUAAAUGAGGACAACAGGAGGGUUAAAUUACAGCAGAGGUUGAUGAAAAUAUUAGUUUUGCAGGAAUAUUUGUCACAAACCAAAGUAAAAUGCAACUUUCUUUCACUGGUGAGUUGUUAAGAGAACACCGGCAAUAUUGCAGUUUGUCCUGAUGGAUACAUGAAUAUAAAAUCUAAUGGUAAUCUGCCCAUUAGGCAACUUGCACGGCUCAAAGUCAAACACCAUGUUUACAAUGGAAACAAUGAUGAAGCUAUUUAAAUCUUUUUUUUUCCCCUUUAAUGUAACUAUCUCCACUGAUAGUCAAGUAAAAAGCUUAACUUUCUAAUCAUAACCUACUCAAUUUGCAGUGUAUGUUUUUCCCUUUGUACAUGCCGGCUACGUGCACAGGUUGAAACUUGCAGGUAGACUUGCAACUACUGAUUACUUUCAUGACAUCCUCAUGUCUUGUUUUGCCCCCAAACCAAAGAUUCUCAGUUUACUGUCAAAGACAAGUAAAGAAACCAGAAAAUAUUCAAAUUCAAGAAGUUGGAAUCAGAGAAUGAUAGUUUUGUCUGUCUUUUUUUUUCAAAGUAAUCAAUUAAUCAAUCGUUGCAGCUCUACUUCUAGAAAUAAACCAUUUGUAAAUAUGUUUGUAUGACAGAUGAUGACUGUAAUAAACCAUUUUAUCUUUUAAAAACUCU